GCAUACCUUGGACUUCUGGAAUUGUCAGCUGCCCGAGAGAAAUAUGACGAAUUCUGUGUUCCAAUGGUUAUGGUUCCUGCAACUGUAUCCAACAAUGUACCGGGUUCAGAUUUCAGCAUUGGUGCAGAUACUGCUCUGAACACUAUAACUGAUACGUGUGAUCGCAUCAAGCAGUCAGCCAGUGGUACUUUAUUCAUCAUUGAGACCAUGGGUGGUUACUGUGGUUAUCUGGCUAAUAUGGGGGCCCUUGCGGCAGGAGCUGAUGCUGCUUAUAUCUUUGAAGAACAGUUUGAUAUUCGAGAACUCCAGGCUAAUGUGGAACACUUGACUGAAAAAAUGAAAACCAGUAUCCAGCGUGGUCUAGUGCUGAGAAAUGAGAACUGCAAUGAGAACUACACAACUGACUUCAUUUAUCAGCUGUAUUCUGAAGAAGGAAAAGGAGUGUUUGACUGUCGAAAAAAUGUAUUGGGCCACAUGCAGCAGGGUGGUGCACCUUCUCCAUUUGAUAGAAACUUUGGGACAAAAAUAUCUGCAAAAGCUAUGCAGUGGAUCUCCAAAAAACUUAAAGAAACCUACCGGAAAGCAGAAGGAAAAGUAUUUGCCAACACUGAUGACUCAGUCUGUUUGCUGGGAAUGCGAAGACGCAACCUCGUUUUCCAACCUGUGGCUGAGCUCAAGACUGAAACAGACUUUGUACACAGGAUUCCCAAGGAGCAAUGGUGGCUGAAGCUGCGACCACUGAUGAAAAUCCUGGCCAAGUACAAGACUAGUUACGACGUCUCAGACUCAGGCCAGCUGGAGCAUGUUGCUAUGCACAGCCCAAAGGAGGCAGAAACCGGAGCUAUCUAAAGACAUCACUUCUAGAUUAUUGUAAUAGAUGCACAUUGUGAGUAACAAUGCUUUAGAAUCGUUACAGCUUUGUUUUGUAACAUUUAAAUUAUUGUACCAGCACUUUAUGUGAAAUGAGACGUUCAGAUGUCACACACAGAUUUUGUCCUGUAUUUGUGUUACGUUUGAAACAAACCCUAGCAUCUAAUGGAUAAACACCAUUUACUGAUACUACCCUUUAAGAGCAAGUGCAGCACUGUUCUAUGCACUCUGUAAGUUACUCAUCUCCUGCACUUUGAUUCAGAGUACUUACACCCAAAACUAGGUGUAGAUGGCUAGCUUUGUGUUGAGUUACAGGAUGUGCUUAAUGUAUCUGAAGUGAAAUAAAGUUCUGUUGCAAAAAUCA